AUCCUUCUUGUUCAAGACAUGGGUGUGCAAUGAUUUGCUUUUGGGGGAUAAAACCCACAGUUCGGGACUGGAGAGGGAUAUUACAGAGCAGGAUGGCCUGGAGUAAGGUACCUCUGCUCUUGCAUGGAUUUCUCCUGCUGGGUUUGUGUAAACCCUCCCUUCAAGGAGGAAUUUACAUACCAGCUGGUGCAGGGGGAGGAACUGGAGCUGGAUUAGGGGGUGGUCUUGGAACUGGAGCUGGACUUGGUGCUGGAACAGGUCCAGGAGGUGGAUUUGGUGCUGGAAUCGGAAGUGUUGGGCCAGGAGUUGGUCCUGGAGGAGUUGGAACAGGAUUAGGUCCAGGUGCUGGUCCUGGUGGUCUUGGAAUAGGGCCAGGAACUGGCAUCAGACCUGGAACUGGAGUUGGUGGAAUACCUGGUUUCAAACCAGGAAAGACAGGAGGCUAUGGCAUUGGUCCUGGGGGGCAAGGUGCUGGACUGGGUGCUGGUGGACUUGGGGGCGUUGGGCCUGGUGCUGGAGGUCUUGGGGGAGUCGGGCCUGGUGCUGGAGGUCUUGGGGGAGUCGGGCCUGGUGCUGGAGGUCUUGGGGGAAUUGGGCCUGGUGCUGGAGGGCUUGGUACAGGAGGACUUGGUACUGGUGGAUUAGGCACCAGAGGCCUCGGAACAGGGUCAUUUGUCAAGCCACCUAAAACAGGAGGAUAUGGAGGUCUACCAGGAAUUGGACCAGGUGGUACAGGCGUUGGUCUUGGAUCACUUGGAGUUGGAGGAGUUGGACCUUCUGGCAUUGGUCCAGGAGGCAUUGGACCGGGAGGCAUUAGACCUGGUGGCAUAGGACCUGGUGGCAUUGGACCUGGUGGCAUUGGACCGGGAGGCAUUGGACCUGGUGGCAUAGGACCUGGUGGCAUAGGACCAGGUGGCACUGGUGCCAUAGGAACUGGACCAGGAGGUGUCGUACCUGGAGGGAUUGGAACUGGUAUUGGAACUGGAGGCCUUGGAGCAGGUGCUGGUGGCAAACCCCCUAAACCAGGUUAUGGGGGCAUUCCAGGAACUCUUGGAACUGGUGGACUUGGUGGCCUUGGACUCAGGCCAGGGGGUACUGGCCUUGGGGGUGUAGUACCUGGUGGCUUUGGUGUUGGUCCUGGAGCUAGUGGCAUUGGCACAGGAGUACCUGGACAAGGUUUGGGCACUGGCGUGGGCACUGGUGUUGGAGGAUUUGGUGGAGUUGGUCCAGCAGGUGCUGGAAGAGGUGUGGGAGGAAAACCACCCAAAACAGGUUAUGGAGGUCUUGGUGGUUAUGGCCCAGGAGGUAUAGGACCUGGUGGCAUUGUCCCUGGUGGUGUUGGACCAGGUGGCGUCGGACCAGGUGGCGUCGGACCAGGUGGCACUGGACCAGGUGGCAUUGUCCCUGGUGGUGUUGGACCAGGUGGUGUCGGACCAGGUGGCAUUGUCCCUGGUGGUGUUGGACCAGGUGGCUUCGGACCUGGAGCAGGCAGAAAACCUGGAAAACCAGGUUAUGGUGGGCCUGGGGGUUUUGGUGGUGGACCAUUUGGAACAGGAAGUCUUGGAGCAGGUGCUAUUCCACUUACACCGGGAGGUGCUGGAACAGGCUACCCAUCAGGUGGUGGCUAUGGUGGGCCCGGAGGUCUUUAUCCUGGAGCUGGAACAACUGGUCAGAAACCACCAAAACCAGGAUAUGGACCUGGAGGUGCAGGAAUUGGUCCAGGUGGCACAGGACUUGGACCCAGUGGUGCAGGAGUUUUGCCUGGAGGUGUAGGAAUUGGACCAGGUGGCACAGGAAUUGGACCAGGUGGUGCAGGAAUUGGACCAGGUGGCACAGGAAUUAGACCAGGUGGUGCAGGAAUUGGUCCAGGUGGUACAGGGAUUGGUCCAGGUGGUGCAGGGAUUGGUCCAGGUGGCGCAGGGAUUGGUCCAGGUGGCGCAGGGACUGGUCCAGGUGGCACAGGAAUUGGACCAGGUGGCACUGGAACUGGAAUUGGAGGAGCAGGAGUUGCACCUGGUGGAGCACCUUUUCUCCCUCAAACUGGCACACCAGGAACUGGGACAAGCAUUGGGGGCAAAGUCGGAAAGGCUGGGAAGGCACCAGUGCCAGGUAUUGGGAUUCCUGGGCUAUAUCAAGGGGGUAUAGUUCCUGGACAAGGUUUUGGCGGUAGAGGCAUUCUGCCAGGUGUAGCCACAGGAUCUCAAACUGGGCAGCUUGGUCAAGGUGCACUUGGAGCCAAUGGAGGCCGCGGAGGAUUUGGUCAACAAAUACCAGGCGUGUUCCGUGGAUAUCCUCUUAUAUCACCAAAGUCUGGAGGUACAGGCGCUGCAAAGUCUCAGGCUAAAGCUGCCAAGUAUGGGGCCGGUGGUGUUCCUGGUCUCGGUGGUGGGCUUGGUGUAGGAGGUAUACCUGGUGCAGGUGGUGUUCCAGGCAUAGGUGGCGUACCUGGUGCAGGUGGUGUUCCAGGCAUAGGUGGCGUACCUGGUGCAGGCGGUGUGCCAGGCAUAGGUGGCGUACCUGGUGCAGGCGGUGUGCCAGGAAUAGGUGGUGUUCCAGGUGCAGCUGGUGUUCCAGGUGUUGGAGUCAUUCCUGGAGCUGGCGGUGCAACUCCUGGUGUCCUAUAUCCGGGAGCUGGUGGUGCCUAUCCAGGGGGAACUGGGGCAAAAGCUCGAAAGUAUGCUUCUGGGAUAGGAACUGGGGGACUUCCUGGUUCUGGUUUGGGAGUGGGUGGUCUUGGAACUGGAGGACUUCCUGGUUCUGGUUUAGGAGUUGGUGGUCUUGGAACUGGAGGACUUCCUGGUUCUGGUUUGGGAGUUGGUGGUCUUGGAACUGGAGGACUUCCUGGUUCUGGUUUGGGAGUGGGUGGCCUUGGAGCUGGAGGACUUCCUGGUUCUGGUUUGGGAGUGGGUGGCCUUGGAGCUGGAGGACUUCCUGGUUCUGGAAUUAGUCCUGAAGCAUAUGCUGCAGCCAAAGCAAGAAAAUAUGCUCAGCUUACUGGAAGAUUGCCAGGUGGAACAGCCGGUGUGUCUGGUGCUGGACUUGGUGGACAACCUGGAGGUGGACUUGGAGUUGGAGGGCUACCUGGAGGCGGACUUGGAGUUGGAGGGCUACCAGGAGGCGGACUUGGAGUUGGAGGGCUACCUGGAGGUGGACUUGGAGUUGGAGGGCUACCAGGAGGUGGACUUGGAGUUGGAGGGCUACCAGGAGGCGGACUUGGAGUUGGAGGGCUACCUGGAGGCGGACUUGGAGUUGGAGGGCUACCAGGAGGCGGACUUGGUGGAUUACCUGGUGGAGGAGCUGGUGGACUGCCAGGUGGUGGAGUUGGUGGUCUUCCUAGCGGUGGUGCUGGAGGACUCCCCGGCUCUGGAACUGGAUAUGCUGAGGCAAAAGCUCGUAAAUAUGGUCUGCUUGGUGGAGGUGCUGGUUUAGGCCCAGGCACUGGAUUAGCUGGAGGUAUUCCAGGUGUAUUACCAGGCACUGGUGUCAGACCAGGUGGGGCAGGGGUUAUUCCAGGAACUGGGGCUGGACAAGGACUUGUCCCUGGUGUGGGUUAUGGUCCAGGAGGUGUACCCGGUGGUGGCCUUGGACCUGGUAGUGUCCCUGGAACUGGAUUUGGACCUGGAGGAUAUGCUGGGGCCAAAGCUCGCAAAUAUGGGCUUACUGGUGGAGCUGGUGGAACAGGAUUGCCUGGAGGAUUAGGAGGGUCACUUGGUGGUGGAACAGUGCCAGGUGUUGGAGGUGCUGGAGGAACACCAGGUGGAGGAAUUGGACCUGGGGGAGCACCAAUUGGCGGUUAUGGACCAGGAGGGGUACCUGCAGGUGGUUACGGACCUGGAGGGGUACCUGCAGGUGGUUAUGGGCCGGGAGGAGUACCUGCUGGAGGAUAUGGACCUGGCUCUGGAGUAUAUCCAGGAGGAUCAAAGGCCCUGAAAUAUGGACUUGGUCUGCAAGGUCAGGUAGGAACCGGUCCAGCAGGAGGAUUGGGCACGGGGGCAGGGUCAGUUGGUGGUUAUGGUCCAGGGACUGUAGGAGGUCCCGGGUCUGGAUUUGCUGGAUCAGGACUUCCUGGUAGUGCUGUCGGAGCAGGAAGCAGAGGAGGGCUAGUGCCUGGGUAUGGAACAGGUGCUGGAGGAUAUAGACCUGGAUCAAAAGCAGCUAAAUAUGGUUUACCUGGAUCUGGAGGUGUCUUGGGAGCAGGAGCAGGAGCUGUACCAGGAGCUGGAACAGGAUUGGCAGGAGGUUCAGGUGUUCUGCCUGGAGGCCUUGGGACCGGUCUUGGAUAUGGAGGGUAUGCAGGAGGACAAAAACCACCUAAAUAUGGACUACCAGCUGGUGGGGUCGGAACUGUGUUGGGUGGAUCGGUACCAGCAACAGGUGGAACUGGGGCCACAGGAACUGGAAUUGGAACUGGUGGUGUAGGUGUGGCUGGAGGUACACCAGAUUCAGGAACCAAGCCAGACAAAUAUGGCAUCAUAGGAGGAACACCAGUUCCAGGUAGUACAGCUGCUACCGGCACAGAUCGUGGAGCAGGACCUAAACCUGGAGUUGAUGGAGUGGUAGGCAGUCCUGAUGGUUCAACUCGUGGUGCUGGAGAAGGUGGUACAAAAGCUCCCAAGACUGAAUCUGGCGGACCAAUAGAGGGAUCAGGUGUUACUGGUGGGUCCAUUGAUGUUGAUGGACUUGAUGGGGUUGCUGGAACAGGAAUACCCAUCUUAGCUGGAGAAAAACCAGGUGUGACUGGAACUGUACCAGGUGGAACUGGAGUGCCACGACCAGAGAGUGAUAUUGAAACACUACCAGGCGCAAAACCAAUAAAACCCCCAGGUGUUGGAGGUGGAGCCAUUGCUGGACGUGGAGAUACUCCAGGCACUAUUGAAGGAGGACCUGGAAGUGUAGGUGGUGGACAAGGUGGAGUUGGUGGAGGACCAGGAGGAGUUGGUGGAGGACCAGGAGGAGUUGGUGGAGGACCAGGUGGAGUUGGCGGUGGACCAGGAGGAGUUGGUGGAGGACCAGGUGGAGUUGGCGGUGGACCAGGAGGAGUUGGUGGAGGACCAGGUGGAGUUGGUGGAGGACCAGGAGGAGUUGGUGGUGGACCAGGAGGAGUUGGUGGUGGACCAGGAGGAGUUGGAGGAGUUCCAGGAGGAGUUGGAGGAGUUCCAGGCGGAGUUGGUGGAGGUCCAGGCGGAGUUGGUGGAGGUCCAGGAGGAGUAGGAGGAGGUCCAGGAGGAAUUGGGGGUGGAGUUAAACCCCCCAAAGUUUACACUGGUACAGGUGGAACUGGAGCUCUUGGAGUUGGAGGUGUAGGUGGAACAGGUCCAGCUGGAGCAGGAGGAGUUGGACUUCUGCCUGGAGGCGGUGGUUUGCUACCAGGAGGUUAUGGAGGAGCUGGAGGUUUAGGAGCUGGUGGGCUCCAACCUGGGACUGGCCUCAGGUUCCCCAGUGGGGCUGCAGUGGGCAGCAAACAAGGAAAAGUUUACGGGGCAGCUGGCACACUUGGUGGGCUUGGAGGCCCAGGCGGAUAUGGAACAGGACCCGGUGGUUUUGGAGGUGGUCCAGGUGGUUACGGUGGUGGCCCGGGCGGUUAUGGUGGUGGCCCAGGUGGUGCUGGUGGACUUGGAGGGCCUGGAAUUGGUGGGCUUGGUUAUGGUCCUGGCGGAGUAAAACCACCUAAAAGCUAUGGAGGAGCUGGAACAUUGGGUGGGGCUGGAAGAGGAGGACUUGGUGUUGGUCUAGGAGUUGGACCAGGAGGAGCUGGAGGUCUUGGUGGUGGUCUAGGAGUUGGACCAGGAGGAGCUGGAGGUCUUGGUGGCGGUCUAGGAGUAGGACCAGGAGGAGCUGGAGGUCUUGGUGGUGGUCUAGGAGUAGGACCAGGAGGUGCUGGAGGCAUUGGUGGCGGUCUAGGACUUGGACCAGGAGGUGUUGGUGGAGGUCUUGGAGGAGCUGGAGGACUGGGUGGAGGUUUAGGUGCCAGAUAUCCAGGUGUUGGCCUGGGAGCUGGAGCUGGGAAACCUGGGAAAACAGGGUAUGGAGGUUUAGGUGCAGCUGGAGGCGUGGGAGGUCUUGGAGGAGCUGGUCGAGGGCCAGGAGGUCUAGGAGUAGGUGCUGGAAGUCCAGUAGGAACUGGUGGAGGCUUUGGCACGGGUGCACUGGGUGGUCAAGGCUAUCAGCCAGGUUAUGGUGGCACUGGUGCAGGAGGACCUGGAAGUGCUCCACUUACACCUCAGCAAUCAAAAGCAGCCAAAUAUGCAGCUCUUCAAGGCUUUCUAGGUGCAGGAGGCUACAGAGGGGGCGCAGGAUGCCAAGGCAAAUACUGCGGAAGGAGGAGGAAGUGAGAAACCAGCUGAUAAAAGUGACCUCAUAAACAGUGGUGCUACUGCCUGAUCUCAAAUGCACUUUUUUACAGUUUAAAAGUGCCUCAUGCAAUAUGUGAGAGAUUUAGACUUACACUAAAGAAUUUUUCAGCCUUAUGAUUAGAUGAUAUGAACCUCACAAGGCACUCUUUGCACUGCCUAAACUCCCUUUACUUUACUUAUGUCACUAUACAUUUUCUAAAAGUUUGCUAACAUGGAUGCUUGAUUUUUUUUUUUUUUACAUUUUAUUUUCAGCCAUUAAUGUUCCAUUUCAAAAAUCCUGCAGUUCCAGAUGUGCAUCUCUUACGAUUUUGCUGCAGUUGCUCGCUUACACUUAGAGUGUAUUUAGACACAUGCAAUCUGGGGACGUGUCGCUGCUAUUUCAGGACGAACUGUGACAGUGGGGGAAGCAGCGUCAUUAGGCUUCAUGUUCUGGCCAUCUAUCGUAAAGUAAAGGGAGCCUGUUUUCUUUCUAGCUAUAUGCAUAUGAGUUCAUGAAUCCAUAUUUUGUCUUUUCCAGCAUCUUCAUUCUUUCAAAGUGUAGUCACAUAAAGGAACGGGAUCUAGGCUUACCAAUUUUAGUCUUAUAAGAACAAAAUGCUUGUCGUAACUGCAGUAGACAGCAUCUAAGUACUGAGGAUUAUAAGCUGUCUUUAAAGAUACCUCAGGAACUUGAAGCGGUUUCUUUUCUAGUAUCCUGACCCUAGUAAAACCUUGUUUUUGUAUGUUUGUUGUAACUCUUUUUAAAUUAAAAUGUUGGGUUUUUAAGGUUAUCUAUGCAUUUAACCUAACUCGUUUUGGGGUUUGUAAGCAUUGUGUGUUGUGAAUGUUGUAUCUGUGUUUGUAUAACUAUUCAAAUGUGACAUGAAAGUAUGAUAAACGCAGUUCAUCUAGUGAA